CUCGUCACGUGAUGGUUACGCCCCUCCUUGCGCGUGGUCCCUCCCCCUCAGGCUGCGUCGCGAUUACGCUCUCUACGGCCUGGAGUUCGAGAGCCGCGGCAGGCUGGAAACACAGCAUCGACCGGGACCGGAGGAGCUCUAGGCCAGAUGGAUGGGCCAGCCAGGAUCCCGGGACCUUUCACCGAUCGCGGCCGGAGAGAAGAAGAGAAACAGGCGGGAACUGGUGGGGGAGGGAGGGAGGGAACCAGCGGAAGGUGUCAUGGCGGCCACGCUCUGCGGUCACGUGUACCCCUGGGCCUCCUAGGUACUUCCGGUCACGUGCCCUCAGACUCCUCGCAGCCAGCGAUGGAGGCGAGACCCCCCGGUAACAGAGGCGGUAGCUACUGCUGCGGCCGCUGGGUUUCAGCCUCUUCUCGGCAGCGGCUCUAAGAAGUGCAGCAGAAUUCGACCCGACCCAAGCCAGUUACUUACUCCCCGCCCAGAGCUGUAGCUUUCAUCUGGUUCUGGUCUCCUUGGCUCAUUAUAAAUUUAUUGAAUAAAUGUAUUACACUGACCCUUUUCCUAUCCAUUCUUGGGAUGGAAUAGCCUGUAAAGACCUAUAAAAGCACCUUUUUGCUAACAUGGCUACUUCAUCUGAAGAAGUUUUACUGAUUGUGAAGAAGGUUCGCCAAAAGAAGCAGGAUGGAGCUCUAUACCUAAUGGCAGAAAGAAUCGCUUGGGCACCCGAAGGCAAAGAUAGAUUUACAAUCAGCCAUAUGUAUGCAGACAUUAAAUGCCAGAAAAUCAGUCCAGAAGGAAAAGCUAAAAUUCAGCUUCAGCUGGUCCUACAUGCAGGGGACACAACUAACUUCCAUUUUUCCAAUGAAAGCACAGCAGUGAAAGAGCGAGAUGCAGUGAAGGACCUUCUUCAGCAGCUGCUGCCUAAAUUCAAGAGGAAAGCAAAUAAAGAACUGGAAGAAAAAAACAGAAUGCUGCAAGAAGACCCUGUUUUGUUUCAGCUUUAUAAAGACCUUGUUGUGAGCCAAGUGAUCAGCGCUGAGGAAUUCUGGGCUAAUCGUUUAAAUGUGAAUGCAGCAGAGAGUUCUUCCACAUCUAAUCAUAAGCAGGAUGUUGGCAUUUCUGCGGCAUUUCUGGCUGAUGUCCGGCCCCAAACUGAUGGCUGCAAUGGUCUGAGAUAUAAUUUAACCUCAGAUAUUAUUGAGUCUAUAUUUAGGACCUAUCCAGCAGUAAAAAUGAAAUAUGCAGAAAAUGUUCCCCACAACAUGACAGAGAAGGAAUUCUGGACACGUUUUUUCCAGUCCCAUUAUUUUCACAGGGACCGGCUGAAUACAGGGUCAAAGGAUCUCUUUGCAGAAUGUGCCAAAAUAGAUGAAAAAGGGUUAAAAACAAUGGUUUCAUUAGGAGUGAAAAAUCCACUACUAGAUUUGACAGCUUUGGAAGAUAAACCAUUAGAUGAGGGUUAUGGCAUUUCCUCUGUGCCAACUACUUCCAAUUCUAAGUCCAUAAAGGAAAAUAGUAAUGCUGCCAUCAUCAAGAGGUUUAACCAUCACAGUGCCAUGGUCCUGGCAGCAGGACUCAGGAAACAAGAAGCACAAAAUGAACAAAAUGGUGAGCCCAGCAGCAUGGAUGGAAAUUCCGGAGAUGCAGACUGUUUUCAGCCAGCAGUAAAAAGGGCGAAGUUACAAGAGUCCAUUGAGUAUGAAGACCUGGCAAAAAAUAAUUCUGUAAAAACGAUUGCACUAAACCUCAAGAAGUCAGAUAGGUAUUACCAUGGUCCAACUCCAAUCCAGUCACUACAGUAUGCAACAAGUCAGGAUAUUAUUAAUUCUUUUCAAAGUAUUAGACAAGAAAUGGAAGCUUAUACACCCAGGUUAACUCAGGUUCUCUCAAGUAGUGCUGCCAGCAGUACCAUUGCAGCACUAUCACCUGGAGGAGCACUUAUGCAGGGAGGAGCACAGCAAGCCAUAAAUCAGAUGGUGCCAAACGAUAUUCAGUCUGAACUGAAACACUUGUAUGUAGCUGUUGGAGAACUACUACGGCAUUUCUGGUCCUGUUUUCCCGUUAAUACACCAUUCCUAGAAGAAAAGGUAGUAAAAAUGAAAAGUAAUUUGGAACGAUUCCAAGUUACAAAGCUCUGCCCAUUCCAAGAAAAAAUUCGGAGACAGUAUUUAAGCACAAAUUUGGUAAGUCACAUAGAAGAGAUGCUCCAGACAGCCUACAACAAGCUCCACACCUGGCAGUCACGGCGCCUGAUGAAGAAAACGUGAAGUAGUCGUGGCACUCACAGGUUUUGUAAGAUUGAAAGAACUGUGACCUGCAGCAACUCUGGAAACCUGGCCUGACAGGCAUGCAGAUGACCACACAGGAGUGAAAAGAAACAUCUGCACCAUGCCAACUCCCAGAGCUGAUGCUAUUGUACUUGCACAUUGGGAACUGAAAGGAAGGAAGGGACUGUGAUUCAACUAAAUACUAGGGAGGUAAAUUAAGGCAGAACCAAAAUGAGCUAAGUUGCAAAUAUAUAUAUAUAUAAAAAUAUAUGUAUGUGUGUAUAUAUAUGCAUAUAUACAUACGUAUAUUUAAAAAGACUGUUUACUGCAGUUACUCAGGAACUGCUUUUGAUUCACAUUAAGCUGCUUUCAGAAAUUUUAAAAAAAGCAAAAAAACACUUUUAAAGGGUGCAUUGAUAAAUUCUGAGGUUUUUUUGGUUUAUUUCUUUUUCUGUGUAAAUUUUUUUUCCUAAGUUUUUGGCACAGGGUAGACCUUAAGUGUUUUUCCUCCAUCCUCCACUUGGAUCCUCAAGUUUUACUGAAUUCUAGUUAUACCUUAUGUCAGCAAGUUAAAGAGAGUACUUUAAAGGAGAGGGAGACUGUUACUCAACCAUCAGGAAACAGUUGUAGUCAGAAGACACAUUGCUCCUGUGUUUCCUACGGAAAUAAGAAACAGAUAUUGCACUGAAUUUUUGUGGUUAGGAGUCCCUAAAUAAUAAAGAGGGAACAUACUUGCAGAAAGUUGUGUGGGGUUUUUUAUGCAGAAUUUUGUCCGAAGACAAUGGCGCUGCAUGUUUUUCUUUGAGUGCAAAUGUACAUUGCUAAGAUUUUUUUAAGAUGGCAUGUGCUUUGAAAAAAGGAAAUUGCAUUUUUAAGAGUUUAAAAAUCUUAUGAGUGAGAAAUAUAAGAAAUCUUAUUUUCACCUCUUUAGAAGAAAUAAAAGAUGUUUCUCAUAUCUCCUUUUCUCUAGUAUUUGACUAUUACUGUCCUUGGCGAAUCGAUAAUCAUUGCAUAGUGACUGAAAAGCCUAAAUGCAAAAAAAAAAAGCAAAGUUCUUGUUUCUGGAAUCUGUGCCAUAUUUUGUUCCUAAUAGGAUCAACUUACUGUUUAAGACUUUAGAUGUCUUGUACUGAAAAUUACACAAAGUAAAACCUUUUAUACAUACUCUUUUAACU